UUUUGGGAGUAACAAGUUUUCUACUGAGCACGCGCGGCUCACUGGGGAAUUGCUUGGGUGCUGUUUGUUGGGGACACUCCGAAUCCGAAAGCGUGUUCUCAGCAUCAUUCAUUCCGUCCAUCAGGAGUUGUGGCUGUGACAGAUUAGGGGAUUCUAACGACAGUGAAGCUCCUUCAAACUUCGGUUUUUCUACAUUCUAGUUCGCUCUCGCUACUCUUGUCAACUGCUGUUUGUGAGUCCUGAAAAGCAGGCAAUAUGCAGGCGAGUGAUAGGUUUAACAUCAAUUCCCAACUUGAGCACCUCCAAGCAAAAUAUGUUGGAACUGGGCAUGCAGAUAUAAAUCGAUUUGAGUGGGCAGUGAAUAUUCAACGUGAUAGCUAUGCUUCAUAUGUUGGCCACUAUCCCAUACUGGCAUACUUUGCUAUAGCUGAAAAUGAAUCAAUUGGAAGAGAACGCUACAACUUCAUGCAGAAAAUGCUCCUUCCCUGUGGCCUACCUCCUGAAAGAGAAGAAGAUUAAGGAUUACCAUCUGGAUCAAGAAUGCGACUCCCUUUUGAUCAUUAGAGGUGGUAGGCUUUAACUGUUUGUUGUACUUAGUCUGUUGUUCAAAUAGAGGACAAGUAUGGAUUAUUAUGGUUGUAUUUGAAUGUGAUACUCAUUAGAGAUUGCUGCACCAUCCUUUUUAUGCUUUUA